AUCUGCCCGAAAAACAUUAACUCAACGUUACAUAAAGCCUGCUUAAAAACAAGUCCUUUAGACUAUCUUGUGAGUUUAGAAGGUGUGCUUUGGACAAUAAACGCAGAAGAAAUAAAGAAGCAAUUACAAAGCAAAGAGGAUGGAGGCUCUCGCACUGUAUGAGUUCAUUGCUUCUGGUGAGGAUGAACUGAGUUUCAAAAAAGGGGAUAUAUUGAAGAUUCUUGGCUCAGAUGAUAACUGGUAUAAGGCUGAACUCAGAGGCAAUGAGGGAUAUGCUCCGAAAAACUAUGUGGAUAUGCGUUUUCCAAGAUGGUAUUGUGAGAAUAUUACCCGCAUGGAAGCUGAGAAUGCACUGAUGAGCAAGCAAAUUGGAUCUUUCAUAAUUCGUGCCAGUCAGACAUCCAAAGGGGAAUUCUCUAUCUCAGUCAGACAUGAGGAAGAUGUGCAGCACUUCAAGGUCAUAAGAGACAAGUUAGGAAAUUACAGUUUAUGGACAGAGAAAUUCAAGUCACUAAACAAAGUUGUUGAUUAUUACAAAACUACAUCCAUCUCCAGACUGAAACAGAUAUUCCUUCAGGAGGAAGACUCAGCACAACCACCGCACUGCAGUGGUGCAAGUGGGAGUCAGACGUCUGCACAGUACGAAAGUUCCUUCUAUAGAAGUUCACUUGAAAGGACAGAGAAGGUGUCACACCACCACCAAAGUGCACGGCUGGUAAAAGCUCUUUACGACUUCAAAGCCUUGGAGCCAGACGAACUCAGUUUCCAUAUCGGUGACGUCAUUGAAGUGAUUGACAGCUCUAAUGACUCCUGGUGGCUGGGGAGGCUGGGAGAGAACACAGGGCUUUUCCCAACUAACUAUGUAAUGAGCAUCAACCGGUGACAGCAGCCAUUUAUACAGGGACUGAGAAAUUCCUCCCCAAAGGAACUGAAGUAAAGUGUCUCUCACUGGUUAUUCAGCACUGAAAUAGGCACAUUCACCUAGCAACAAAUACCUUAACAUCUUGGGCCAGUGGAUGAAUUCCAGAGAAAUACUGUAUACCUGUGUACUCUGCUAUGUAUUUGGGAGGGAGGCCUUGUGUUUAUAGAAAUCUAUUCUUUUUAUACCUGUAGUAUUAAUAUAAUGCUGCCUGUUGUAAUUCAUUGGAAUUUAAACGGUUUAAAGAAAUA